GUUAGUAAUCGGCGUUCACGAAGAUGGGUAAAUGAUCGUUUGUUGAUCGAGCUAGUUCCCCGUUUAAAUGUUGAGGAAAUAAGAGGCCUCUUUGCCCCACCUCCUUGGGGUGAAAAUACAUCAGUUUCAGCAUUUUGCAUGACAAAUAUUGGAGAAUGGGAUGCAUUUAGGAAUACUGACAUGGAUGUUGAGGCAAGAAUGAUUAAAAACAUGGAAAGGUCAUCAACAAAAAGAAAAGAUCAUGUUGAUAGCGAUAAGAUGAUCGCACUGAGUGCUUGGCAUCGUGUGGAUUGCCGAACAAGACAAGCUCUAAGGCGGAACUUUCUGUCUGAUCUGAUCGAGGGAUAUGAAGAGCGGGUGCGUGCCUUUAUCAGAGAUGGCGGUGAUAAAGAUGUGCUUAUGCUACAUGUUCAGGACCCAUUUCAUAGAUUGCUGCUUCAUGGCGUUUGUGAGUUUUACAAUCUGAUAUCAAUAACUGUUACGACCCUGAGAGACGGGAAGCUCUGGAAGACAACGCGGAUUAAGAAGAAAGCAGGCUCGCCCGAGAUGCCUCCAAACAUUACGCUUGUCCAGUUCCUCAAAAUGGCAAAAGAGGGGACUCUGUAGUGGGCCUUUGAAAGGGCAGAGGCCGCCCCCCCAACCCAAUGUUGUAAAUUAUAAAUAGCAAUUCAGCAUGAAUAUUGAUUUUCAGUUGCAAUGUACAUUAACAUUUAUAGAAGAUUGGCAACUCUUGUAAGCAAGACAGGUUGCUUCAGAAGCUGCUUAUUUUAGAUUGUCCAAUCAGAUUGGUCAAAAAUUGUAAUUUAAUCAUAAAUAAAUUUGUAGAUUUCGUGAUAUUUAUACUUUGUUGUCUCGCUGAAAUUGCGGUGCACCAUAACGAAAAGUACCUAUGCCUGAAAAGGUAGUA